AUGGAAUUUUUGGGGCUUCUGAGGGUUCGUGUUCGCCGAGGUAUCAAUCUUGCUGUCAGGGACACAGUCAGCAGUGAUCCUUAUUGUGUUCUCACCUGUGCUACGCAGAAAGUGAAAACAAGGGUCGUGAGAGGCAACUGCAACCCUAAUUGGAAUGAAGAGCUGACCAUUUACAUUAAGGAUCUAAAUGUUCCGAUUACCUUGUCUGUGUACGACAAAGACACAUUCACAGUAGACGACAGCAUGGGGAAAGCAAAUAUCGACAUAAAACCUUUAAUAGAUUGCCUGAAGAUGGGAUUGCAAAGUCUCCCAAAUGGGACUAAAGUAGACAGGGUUCAGCCCAACCGAGACAACUGCUUAGCAGACGAGAGCUCUGUGGUUUGGAACAAUGGGAAGAUGACACAAGACAUGAUCCUUAGACUAAAAGAUGUCGAGUGUGGAGAAGUAGAUAUUCAGAUUGAAUGGAUCGAUCUUCCGGGUGGCAAAGGUCUCUAGACAAACCAAUUAUGUAUAUGUUUAUAUAUAUGUAUGGUGAGAAGUAGAACAAUCAAUUUGCUCCAAGUGAGAAAUAAGCUAAAAUUAGUUAAUAACUAUAUGCAAAGAGAUGCAUUUUCCAAGAGCCUUUUGUAUUCUUUACCUACAUACUAGUGAAUUUGGAGGGAAUGUGGUGAAUAUCAAUAAUGUAUGGUAAAAUUUCAAUUAUUUGUCUUGUAAAAUGACCAUUAUUCGAAAUUGGUACCUUAAUUUUGUAUCACUUUUUAAAAUUUUUGGUACACUAAUCCCGAUCGUCGGAUUAGGUACUGGCAUGGAGUGAUAAAAUUCCAGGGUUAUUUAUGUGACA